AUGAGUAAGCUUAUCACAGUUGCUCAUAUCCAGUAUGAUUUUGAAGCUGUUCUAGAAAACGAUAAUGAAAAUGAUGAUCAGUUUUACAUUAAUGUUGACAAAAACAUGAACGAAAUCGAGGAGCACAAAAUAAUAGUAUUAGCAAAUAAAAGGGGCAUAGAUGCAGGCAAAGGGAAUGCAUUCAAAAAGAUAGACACCCAUUUAUACAAAGCGCGACUGGAUGAGCAAGAUUUUUUAUUCAAUACUAUCAAAAGAGAUUGUUCAAAGAUGCUCAAGAGCGCGAAUUAUACUGCUGUAGAUACAAUUAGAACUCAAAUGAGACGGUUUAUCCUAGGCACUACAGAAGGUGAUAUUAAAGUAUUGGAUUCGAAUUUUAAUUUAGAAAGAGAAAUUAGUCAAGCUCACGUUGGUGAAAUAACAAAACUAAAUUUCUUUCCAAGCGGUGAGGCUUUGAUAUCUGGCUCUCAAGAUAUGCGUUUGAAAAUUUGGGCAGUAAGAGAUGGCUCAAAUCCUCGCACAUUAACUGGACAUAAGGCAACAAUCACAGAUAUUGCCAUAAUAGACAGAGGAAGGAAUGUACUUUCUGCCUCAUUGGAUGGUACAAUUCGUCUAUGGGAAUGUGGUACAGCAGCAACGAUUCACACAUUCAACAGAAAAGAAAAUCCUUAUGAUGGUGUGAAUAGCAUAGCCUUGUUCGCGGGGGCAGAAAAACAAUCACUUGGGGUUCCUACUCUCAAGAAGAAUGAUUUAGAGUUUGGAACAUUUGGAAAAUAUGUUAUUGCUGGCCAUGUGUCUGGUGUUAUUACUAUACACGAUGUUUUUUCUAAAGAGCAAACUAUGCAACUUCCAAGCAAGUUCAUAUCUCCAUGUAAUUCAUUGGCAAUUGACGUAAAUAAUGUAAACUAUGUUUACGCCGGAUAUGAGAAUGGAAUGUUGGCUCAGUGGGAUCUAAGAUCACCAGAACGCCCAGUUGAUGAGUUUCUUAUUAGUGAGGGCAUUCCAAUAAACAAUAUUCACUUUGCUGCAGGAGCUUUGUUUGUCUCUUCUGGACAUGACACCAGCAUUAAGCUUGACAUCAUUUCAGACCCAAAAAGUGAACGGCCCGUUAUUGGAUUUGAAACGCCCACCUUUUUAGUCUCCAAUGACGAUGAAGUUAGGCAAUUCUGUUUUCUUCUUGAUAAUGAAUCAAAGGGAGAAAUGGUUGAAGUUGGAAAAUACAACUUCUGUGCUUUAUAUAACUUAAAUGAUCCAUAA